CCACUACAAAAGUUCCUAGAAGCAAGAAAGUUUCUACUCAAGUUCCAACCAACGCAGAACCGUUUUCCUGUGAUUUCUUCCAGGAAUGUCGACUCAGUCAUUUGCUCGGGCCGCAAAGGCCGGGCUUCCGCCAGCAACAUUGAACCUCGCCACCGCUCAACACCAACUAGUACAAUCAACCACAGGUGGCGCCAAACCAGCUAGUUCUUUCUACAGAGCCAAGAACGGAUGCCGAUUAAUCUUUUGUGGGGCGGACAGCCACAAGCGAAGAGCGUCUAGGAGGGGUUUACUGGCACCGGGAGCUUCGAGAACUGGAUCUCAUUGCUCAGAUUAUAGAGCCUGCAGUUCUCGUGCGCAUUUGACACCGGCGCUUGGCAGGAGCUCCAGGUUCGUUCCUAACGUGGCAAACCAGUGGCAAUCGCGCAAUGCUGAGAGGCGGAGAGCUAGUGUGAGGGCGCAGGCCAAUGCCGCAACUGUAGUGUCAAAUGAGGGUGGUGAUGAUCCAGACUUAUAUGAGAUGACACCACUUGAGCCAGCUCAGCCCAAGCAGUCUGCACCCACGGCAGAAGAGCUGGCAUUGGCGAGGGAGACAGUUCGCAGGCGGCGGGCCGCAGAGAAAAUGGUUGAAACGAUGAUCGUCAAUUGCCGCUUCUUCACGCUUGCUGGCGUUGUUGGGUCGCUCACUGGAUCCCUCCUCUGCUUUCUCAAGGGAAGUUACUACGUCAGCGCGGCUGUCGUUGGCUACGUCAUGAUGCUGCUUGAGAUGCCGAACCGGUGUAAAGUGGUUUUGAAGCUGAUUGAGGCGCUGGAUACCUACCUGGUCGGAACCGUGAUGCUCAUCUUUGGCAUGGGGUUGUACGAGCUGUUCGUGAUGAAGCUGGACGGGGCGGUAGGGCCAGAGUCCGGGUCGACCCUCUUCGGGCUAUUCCCGCUUGAAAAACGCCCCGCGUGGCUGGCGAUCAAGGGCCUGGACGACCUGAAAACCAAGCUCGGCCACGUCAUUGUGAUGAUCCUGCUAGUGGGCAUGUUCGAAAAGUCCAAGAUUGUACAGCCCACGUGCUCUUUGGACCUGUUCCUAACCGCGGGAUCGGUUCUGCUAUGCGCCGGGAGCUUGUUCCUGCUCAGCCGCCUUAAACCCGACGCUAAACCCGGCGCCGAAACCGCUGGUUUGCAUUGAGUCUAGGCGGUUCGAGAGUUCACUUCCUCGGAGGACAUGCCAAACUUCCUCAGUUGCGCUGAGUGGUAUUUCUAGGUUCUGCUCAACAGGCCCGGCGAUGGUAUUCUUGUGCAGUGAGGGUUUAGCUCUCCGAAAAUUGUAGAUACGGGGUGCAAAAGACCUCCAAAGUUCUAGGUGUGUUCGACUGAGAUCGAAAGGACCUGCGCUGCCUAACCCAAGUGUACAUUUGCUUUGAGUUGACCCUUUCUAGCAGAGUGAGAGGACUGACUAGUGAGAAACAUUGAGGUUACAACCAGCUGAUGUAGUAGAGGUACUCCAAAAUUGAGCGUUGUGCAUACUAGUGCUCGUUUGGCGUAGCAUACGAAGCAGGAUAGAAGCGGAGCUUAUUUGUACAGACGCACUUACACCAGAUCAAUGGUCAAACUGACAAUACAAUAAACGGAGACG